CCGUCUGCAGCGGAGUCUCCCUCCCUGCUGGAAAGAGGUGGGAAAAGGGUCCUGGCUCCUUCGGUUUUGUGCUUGUCCCCCCCAUUCCCGGAGCCCGGCAGGGCUGACAGAGGCUUGGCUUGGCUCUCUCCUGUGUUUAAACAGGCUCCUGGCUCUUCUGCUUGCAAAGAAAAACCUCUUACAACUUUUUAAAGCCUCGGAGGAGCAGGAGGAGCAUUGGAAAACAGGCAAUCCUAGGACUUGUAAUUUUUUACAAUCUCAUCAUUUUGGGCCUGACUCACGGCUUUUGAAUGUUUGAGACGGGCAGCCAAGGGGGAAAGUAAGUUUGCUCAGCACCAGCACCACAGCCAGGCAGGAGAGACAGGCGUCUGUGCGGUGCCCAGGCGACGCAGGGGGCCGUCGUCCUGCUUCCAGCCCCUCUCCAUCCUCGUCAGGGCUCGCGGCUGCCCCUGGACCCAGCACGGCAGGUGGGCUGCCCGGCCCCCGGACCCCCAGCAUGGCGCAGGAGGCGGCCCCCGUCCUCCUGGUUGUCCUCGCCAGGCUGGUGUCAUCCACGUGGCACGAAGGGUCUGGCUACUACACAGAGAGUCACACCAAUGAGGUCUAUGCAGAAGAAACACCCCCUGAGCCUGCCCUGGAUUACCGUCGAGUGCCCCAGUGGUGUGCCACACUCAACAUCCACCGCGGAGAUGCCACCUGCUACUCACCCCGGGGCAGCUCCUACCGCAGCAGCCUGGGGACACGCUGCGAGCUGAGCUGCACCCGCGGGUACCGGCUGGUGGGUUCCAGCAUGGUCCAGUGCCUGCCCAACCGCCACUGGUCUGGGAUGGCGUACUGCCGACAAAUCCGGUGCCACGUGCUGCCAGCAGUGCUGCGGGGCUCCUACGUGUGCUCAGCAGGAGUGCAGAUGGAUUCCCGCUGUGACUACACCUGCCUGCCUGGCUACCAGCUGGAGGGCGACCGGAGCCGCAUCUGCAUGGAGGAUGGGCGCUGGAGUGGGACCGAGCCAAUCUGUGUAGACCUGGAGCCUCCCAAGAUCCGCUGUCCAGACUCCCGGGAGCGGAUAGCUGAGCCAGGCAAGCUGACUGCAACUGUCUACUGGGACCCUCCUCGCGUGAAGGACUCUGCUGAUGGCGUCAUCAAGAGGGUGAUGCUGCGGGGCCCAGAGCCAGGCUCUGAAUUCCCUGAAGGAGAGCAUGUGAUCCGCUACACCGCCCACGACCAGGCGUACAACCGAGCCAGCUGCAAGUUCAGUGUCCGUGUCCAAGUGAGGCGCUGCCCUGUCCUGAAGCCUCCGCAGAACGGGUACAUCUCCUGCACCUCUGACGGCAACAACUAUGGUGCCACCUGCGAGUACCUGUGUGAUGGGGGCUACGAGCGCCAGGGCACCUCUCUACGGGUCUGCCAGUCCACCCAGCAGUGGACGGGCUCCCAGCCCCUCUGCACACCCAUGCAGAUCAACACAGCUGUGAACUCAGCCGCCAGCCUGCUGGAUCAGUUCAACGAGAAACGCCGCCUCCUCGUCAUCUCGGCCCCCGACCCCUCUAACCGCUACUACAAGAUGCAGAUCUCCAUGCUGCAGCAAGCCGCCUGUGGGCUGGACCUGCGCCACGUCACCAUCAUUGAGCUGGUGGGGCAGCCCCCACAUGAGGUGGGACGCAUCCGGGAGCACCAGCUGUCCCUUGGCAUCAUCCAGGAGCUCAGGCAGUUCCUGCACCUCACCCGCUCCCACUUCAACGCGGUGCUGUUGGACAAGGCAGGCACUGACCGCGAGCGCUACAUCGCCCCCGUGAGCCCCGACGAGCUCUUCGUCUUCAUCGACACGUACCUGCUGGGCGAGCGGGAGGCGGCUCGGCGGGCACAGAACGGGGACCCCUGCGAGUGAGCGAGCGCCGGGGACACCCUCCCUCCACUGCCCUCAGAGGAUGGACACCUUCCUUUCUGCUUUUCUAGUCGCCCUCCAUAGAGGAGAAACAGGGUGCCAAGGACCCCCGGAGAAGGGGAGCCCAUCUCUGGCUGUUCUGGCACAGAGAGGUGAACAGGGAUGAGGACAGCGGCCGUGUGCCAGCAGUGUCCCCACUGCCCAGCAGACAGGAGCUCUCUCUGGCUGAGGGGUUGGAUGGCUCAGCUUGGCCAGGACCGUGGCGGGAGACACCGGAUUGCCCUGCUCACAUCCCAGGGCAGGGGGGAGACAUGGAGCCAGAGCAGAGGAGAGCAGGUGGGGCAGCAGUGCAACAGCCUCUAACACAGCAGCUUCAGCUUCCCCAUGGCCACCCUCACCCUGUGCACAACCCUCCCAUCCAGAAAGCCCUUAUUAAAAGCAAAUGGCCCCACAUUCAGCAGAGCCUGUAGCAGCCAGCCAGGAAUGCAGCCCACCCUGAGGGCUCACCCUCCCCACUGCCACUUGCUUCCCCCUCCCACCACCCACAGGGCACCCUUCCUGGGAACUGCUUUGGCAGUAGAAUAUUAACUUGAAAUAAAUAAAUUUGUAU